ACCAAUAUACCGGUAAAUGGCGACUAUCGUAAAUAAAAGUCUAUCGAUAGUUCGAUUCACCGUCAACAUCCUCACUCACUUUUUUAGUUGUAGCAUAAAUAUAACUCGAGCACUAGUCGCAGCGUUAAAUACAAGCCAGCCGCUAGAACCGCCAGUCGCUAGUCAAGUGCUUCUUAGACAUAAAUAUGUAAUACCGGUGCUUAGAGCUAAAUUAAAUCCACCCACAAGAGCAAUAACAACAAAGCGAGUCCGCGGCCAAGAAGAAGAGUGCGUGAGAGAAACGACAGCUGCUGGUCGUGUGUGUUGGUGCAGGAUAACAAAUACAAAACAGCGAAAACGACAACAACAACAAAUAGUACGCAAGCAGUGUCAAAGUGCCAAAAGAAUUUGCCAAAAAAACCAGAAAGUAUACCUGCCGGUCCACAGUUUACGAUUCACAGAGCUCAAUGCAGAAGACAUGUGCAUAAAUGAAGAGCUACAGCCAAUUUAAUUUGAACGCCGCCGCCCCGCCCGCCAUCGCCUUCGAGAACGCAGCCGCAGCCGCAGCUGCACUCCACCCGAAUCCGAACGGAUCGCCGCUGGACCACAGCCACCACCAGCAGCAGCCACAGCAACGCCAGGACAUGCCGCACUUUGGACUGGGCAGCGGUCCCCAGCCGCCGGCGCAACAGCAGCUACAAGUGCAUCACCAGCAGCAGCAGCAGCAACAGCAACAACAACAGCAGCACCAGCAAAUGCAAAUGUCCUUGCUGCCAGGACCCUACCGGCCGCACAUCGAGGAGAAGAAGCUGACGAGAGAUGCCAUGGAGAAGUACAUGAGAGAGCGGAACGACAUGGUCAUCGUUAUCCUGCAUGCCAAGGUGGCCCAGAAGUCGUACGGCAAUGAGAAGCGCUUCUUCUGCCCGCCGCCGUGCAUCUAUCUGUUUGGCAGCGGGUGGCGGCGGCGCUACGAGGAGAUGCUGCAGCAGGGCGAGGGCGAACAGGGAGCCCAGCUGUGCGCCUUCAUCGGGAUCGGGAGCAGCGACCAGGACAUGCAGCAGCUAGAUCUCAACGGCAAGCAGUACUGCGCCGCCAAGACACUCUUCAUCUCGGACUCGGACAAGAGGAAGCACUUCAUGCUCUCGGUUAAAAUGUUCUACGGCAAUGGCCACGACAUCGGCGUGUUCAACUCCAAGCGCAUCAAGGUGAUAUCGAAGCCGUCCAAGAAGAAGCAGUCCCUGAAGAACGCCGACCUGUGCAUAGCCAGCGGCACCAACGUGGCCCUGUUCAACCGCCUGCGCUCCCAGACCGUCUCCACGCGGUACCUGCAUGUGGAGAACGGACACUUCCACGCCUCGUCCACUCAGUGGGGUGCCUUUACGAUACACCUGCUGGAUGACAACGAGUCGGAAUCCGAGGAGUUCCAAGUGCGCGACGGCUACAUACACUACGGAGCCACCGUGAAGCUUGUUUGUUCAGUAACGGGCAUGGCACUUCCGCGUCUGAUCAUCCGGAAGGUGGACAAGCAAAUGGCCUUGCUGGAGGCCGAUGACCCCGUCUCUCAGCUGCACAAGUGCGCCUUUUACAUGAAGGACACGGAUCGCAUGUACCUCUGUUUGUCGCAGGAGAAGAUCAUCCAGUUUCAGGCCACUCCUUGCCCCAAGGAGCCCAACAAGGAGAUGAUCAACGACGGCGCCUGCUGGACAAUCAUCUCCACGGACAAAGCCGAGUACCAGUUCUACGAGGGCAUGGGUCCUGUGGCAUCCCCAGUCACUCCAGUGCCAAUUGUCAACUCCCUGAAUCUCAAUGGCGGCGGCGAUGUGGCCAUGCUGGAGCUCAGUGGCGACAACUUUACGCCCCAUCUUCAAGUGUGGUUCGGGGACGUCGAGGCCGAGACCAUGUAUCGGUGCACGGAAACGCUCUUGUGCGUGGUGCCAGAAAUCUCCCAGUUUCGCGGCGAGUGGCUCUGGGUACGACAGCCCACACAGGUGCCCAUAUCCUUGGUGCGAAACGACGGCAUUAUUUACGCCACCGGGCUGACCUUCACCUACACACCCGAGCCAGGUCCCAGGCCGCACUGUAACUCACAGGCCGAGGAUGUGAUGCGGACCCGGCACAAUAACAACAAUAACAUCACUAGCAUCAGCAACAAUAACAACAGCAACAAUGCGGGGUCGCCGGCCGGUGGCAACAUGCAACAGCAACAACAGCAGCAACAGCACCAGGCGCUGCCCUCCAUCUCAGAAGUGCAAUGGAAUAGUCACGGUAGCGGCUUGUCCUGAGUGCAGGACUAUUGCAUCGUACACUUAUAUAUCCUAAGUUAUUUAUAGUUUUUACUGGAGACUUUAGUUUGUAGAUUGACAAUUUUUCUCAUACUGAUUUUCCACCUGUCAUGCCGUGCAGCGUGAACACUGUGUCCUACCCUCCUCUCUAAAAAGAAUCAUCCUAUAUACACAUACCUAGUACUAGUUUUGGAACCAAUAGAUUUGUAAAUGAAAGACAAGAUUGUACAUAAAUCGAGAAAGCUCACUGACACACGUAUAUCUUUAUAUAUAUAUAUCCUUGUAUGUGCAUGCAAGUUCAUAUACAAUUUAACUUGUAACUCUAGUUAAAUAUACAAUCGAUAUAAGUCUAUAGACGAUUUUUGAAGCUGCGGCUAAAAUAUUUUUUUAAUUUCGUUGCGGCGAAUUUCCAAAGAGUGUGCCGAGAGGAAGAGUACAAUGAAACGUUGGCCUUGCCAUAAGAAACAUUCCAUUUUCCCUCUGAAGUUUCCAAAAAGUCAUAGACAAGUCACGGAGGGAGACAUUUUUCUUUUCACAUAGCUUUGGCACCAACUCCUUGGAAGUUCGCAGCAACCACAGUCUCAUACAAUUUUUGUAAUAUAGAAUCGUGAAAAGACGGAAAUGCGAUUUGUUUAAGCCUAAGAGAAAGCCUAAAGUAAAUAAAUCAAGACGAAACCCAAA